UUAAGGAAAUGCAAUUCGAUAAGAUGCAUAAAAAAAAAUCAUAUUUUGUUGAUAGGAAAUUCUAUCCGAGAUUAAAGGAGUAUUUUGAAAAUGGGAGAAAUUACUCUUCAGAUGUUGAUGACAUAGUUGACUAUUUACAGACAUCAUUUUCAGAGUAUUCAAGAAAAAAGCGAAAUGCACUUAAACAUUCUGUCCAAAAAGCAUUAAAUGAUAAUCUUGGAAUGAGCAAGACAGACAAAUCUUCAUUUCUUGAAGAAAAGCACUUAGCAAAAAAGUUAAAAAUGUCAAGAAGUGAUGAUCAUUUUUCAAGCUAUUUGGAUGACCAGCUAAGUAAUGAUAGUGAGUCUAGUAUUGAUGAGAGCAUGUUAGUUGAAUAUAAGGAUAGCAACUACAUAAAUAGUUCUAUGCAGAAUCUUUAUAAAACAACUGUGCCCCCACCUUUAGCACAAGCAACUACAUCUACACCCACUUACAACAACAAAAGCGCUUCAAAAUUGCAUACUGAUAAAGCACAAUCCAACGUAGAAACUAAUGAUGUUGAAAAAGUGAAAUUACUACCUAAAGCUAAUGGUCUUCCAGAAACCCGUAGUCUACCACAAACUAACCAAUUAAUAGAUUCUUCUAUAUCUGUUUUAUCAAAAAAAACUUUGGAGCCUAAAGAACAUGUGCUAAUUUCUAGUAACAAAAUAAUUUCUUUACAGUCUGAAAGUGAUCCAUCAGUUCUUCAAAAGAAAUCUUUUGAGAGUGAUCAACAGGAUCUUCCAAAAAAAUCUUUAACUUCAUUACUUGAAACUAACCAAUUGUUAAAGUCUAAUACUCCUGUAAACUCUGUUGUUAAAUCUACAAGGAAGUCUGCAGUAAAAGAAAAAAAAUUUGAGGCAUUUACUUCAAACAUUACUUUUAAAGACAUUGGUGGGUAUGAAUCCGCUUUAGAGGAUGUUAGUAAACUACUCCUCCACCUUAAACACCCAGAAGUGUUUUUAACCCUAGGAAUUAAACCACCAAGAGGAUUCUUGUUACAUGGUGCACCAGGUUGCGGUAAAACACUUCUUGCAAAUGCUAUAGCAGGGGAACUGCAAGUACCUUUCUUUAAAAUUGCAGCUACUGAAAUUGUCUCUGGAAUAAGUGGAGAAUCAGAACAAAAAAUAAGAGCAUUGUUUAAUGAAGCAACUGCUGCUGCUCCAAGCAUACUCUUUAUUGAUGAAAUUGACUCCAUCACACCAAAGCGUGAAAGUGCAGGAAAAGAAAGUGAAAGGCGUGUUGUUACACAAAUAUUGACAUGCAUGGACGAAUUAGCUCAUGGUGAUUCUCAUGUGUUAGUGAUAGGUGCAACAAAUCGUGCAGAUUCUAUUGAUCCUGCUUUAAGAAGAGCUGGGCGUUUUGAUCGUGAAAUUGCAAUGGGUAUCCCUUCAAAAGAAGCUAGAGUAUGCAUUCUCAAAGUUAUUUGUCGUGACAUGCGGUUGGAGGCUGGUUUUGAUUUUGAAAAGAUUGCAAGUCUCACUCCUGGAUUUGUUGGAGCAGACAUGCAAGCCCUUGCUAGAGAAGCUGCAAUAUGUGCAGUUGAAAGUGCAUUCAAAUCAGAUAAUGUUGUAAAAGCAUUGUUUUCAAAUGAGUAUUUAAAUAAUAAAGAUGUUUACAUCAAUAAAAAGCAUUCAAUGUGGCUUCAACAACAACCUCCUUUAAGUGAUGCACAGUUAUCUAAUCUAUUCCUCACUACCCAUCAUUUUGAACAAGCUUUGCCCCAUGUACAACCUUCAGCAAAGCGUGAGGGGUUUGCAACUGUGCCUGAUGUUUCUUGGAAAGAUAUUGGAGCAUUAGAAGACAUCAGAGAAGAACUUACAAUGGCAAUUAUGGCACCCGUUCAUAAUCCUGUGGAAUUUGAAUCGCUGGGACUUGUUACCCCUCCUGGUAUAUUAUUAGCUGGUCCUCCUGGUUGUGGAAAAACUCUUCUAGCUAAGGCUAUUGCAAAUGAAGCUGGGAUUAAUUUUAUUUCUGUUAAAGGUCCAGAGCUUCUAAAUAUGUAUGUUGGAGAGAGUGAAAAAGCUGUUCGCCAGGUUUUUCAACGUGCAAAAAACUCAGCACCGUGUGUAAUAUUUUUUGAUGAGAUUGACGCUCUCUGCCCAAGAAGGUCCGAAACUGGUGAUUCAAGUGCAAGUUCUCGUGUUGUUAAUCAACUGCUUACUGAAAUGGAUGGAUUGGAAACAAGGAAAAAUGUAUUUAUUAUGGGAGCUACAAACCGACCUGAUAUUCUUGAUGCAGCCAUAUUACGUCCAGGUCGUCUAGAUAAAUUGCUAUAUGUUGGUCUACCUAAUCCAAGUGAUCGAAAGAAAAUUUUAAACACAAUAACAAUGAACGGAACAAAGCCAAAGAUGGCUGAUGAUGUUACUAUUGAAGUGAUUGCUUCAGAUCAAAGGUGUGAAGGAUUUAGUGGAGCUGAUUUGAGCGCACUUGUACGCGAAGCUUCCGUUACUGCCUUAAAAGACUUCAUGAAAAAUAGUUUUAAAACUAGUUCUACAUCUGUCUCAAAUCCAUCAACAUCUGUCUCAAAUCCAUCAACAGAUAGCGAGGUUUUAAGCGAUGGUUACGAAGAGAAAAAAACGAGCGAUGUUAGCGAUACCUUUUUGUCGUCGCACCCCAUCAACACUUCCAAAACUGAAGAAACAAAAAAGAUUCUUGUAUCUCGAGCUCAUUUUGAAACAGCAUUUGAAAAGGUUAAACCUUCAGUUUCAGGAGCAGAUCGAAUAUGGUAUGACGAUAUGAAAAAGAAAAAUAUAAGAAAGUAAAAAAAAAAAAAAAAAAGCCAUUCGAGCUGUUUUUAAAGUUUUACAUCCAUUUGUAUUACGAUAUUAUAAAGUAAUAUGCGUGAAAGGUAAAAUGAAAAACAGUUUAUGAUGUCUAUAAGUAAAAUAUCAAUGUUUUAUGUAUACAAACGUUAAAGUAUCUUUCAUUGUAUUGAA